GAAAAAGGGGAAAUAAAGGCAUUAACCGCGUAACCACAAAAAAAGAAAUCAACUCCAAAUAAAUGCUUCUGGAGGAGUAUAAGUGUAUCAAGCAUUUCCCUUUGGCACCCCCUUUAGACUCGCUCGACCAGGUUUCCCAUUUCCGUCGUGUGCUGUACCGUCGUCAUGGACAUACCCGAAAACCCGAUCAAAGCCGCAUAUCCCCAUGUACCAGCCAAUUUCCCUUAACCAACGCCCAAACCAUGCAAAUCGAUGUGCUCCGCCUUGAUAAACUAGCAUAAGCCCG